CAAACAGCAGACUAUUCGUCUUCUUCAUCACAAGCUUUCGUAAGUCGUAACUCUUAAAAGACCUAAAAGCAAACAGUUUGAUUACAUUUCUCGAGCUAUUUUCGCGGCAAAAUUUACGAGAUUUGGAAGGGAAUAGUUUGUUUCUGGGUAGAAGCGAAACGGAGAUGAGCAAGAGACCGCCGCCUGAUCCGGUGGCUGUGCUUAGAGGACACCGUCACUCUGUUAUGGACGUUUCGUUCCAUCCAUCAAAAUCUCUGCUUUUCACUGGUUCAGCUGAUGGAGAGUUGAGGAUUUGGGAUACCAUUCAGCAUCGUGCAGUUUCUUCUGCGUGGGCUCAUAGUAGAGCAAAUGGGGUUUUAGCUGUAGCAGCUAGUCCGAGGUUAGGAGAAAACAAGAUUAUCAGCCAGGGCAGAGAUGGAACUGUCAAGUGUUGGGAUAUUGAAGAUGGUGGUCUAUCAAGGGAUCCAUUACUUGUACUCAAUACAAGCGCCUAUCAUUUUUGCAAGUUCUCUCUUGUUAAGAAGCCUAAGACUUCUUUCGAAGAAGCUCAAGGUCGCUCCAAGAAUUGCGAUGAGCAGGCUUAUGGAGACACGCGUAAUGUUCAAUGUACAGAUGAUAGUGAGGGAUCUGUGGGGGAUUCUGCUGCGCUUCAGGAUGAAGAUCAUGCUGAAGGUACCACUUAUGUAGCAGUAGCAGGGGAGCAACCUAACGAGGUAGAGAUAUGGGAUUUCAAUAGCGGAGACAAGGUCAUACAGCUUCCGCAAGCUAGCCCUGACGAAUCCCCCAGUGCUUCUACCAGAGAAAGAGGAAUGUGUAUGGCUGUUCAAUUAUAUUGCCCUCCUGAAUCGCAGGGUUUCUUAAAUGUCUUGGCUGGUUAUGAGGAUGGUUCCAUGCUGCUUUGGGAUACACGCAAUGCUAAGAUUCCUCUAACAAGUGUUAGGUUUCACUCAGAGCCAGUUUUAAGUCUUUGCGUUGCAUCAUCAUGUGAUGGAGGAAUCUCAGGAGGAGCAGAUGAUAAGAUUGUGAUGUAUAAUCUCAACCAUUCAACUGGUUCUUGUACCUUGAGGAAAGAGAUUAUAUUGGAUAGGCCAGGCGUAUCGGGCACCUCAAUUCGACCCGAUGGGAAAGUUGCAGCCACGGCUGGUUGGGACCACAGAGUAAGGGUGUACAAUUACCGAAAAGGAAAUGCACUAGCGAUACUUAAGUACCACCGAACAACGUGCAACGCCGUGUCCUACUCUCCAGACUGUGAGCUAAUGGCAUCUGCGUCUGAGGAUUCAACUGUUGCUCUCUGGAAACUCUAUCCUCCUCACAAAUCUCUCUGAUCUAUAUGUUUCGGUUUGGUUCGAUUUCUUGACAUGAGUCUCUUGAAUUUGUAAAUAUGCUAUGUCAUCAUCAAAAGAAGAAAUGAAUAUUAGAGAGGUGUGACCGAGUUGUAUUUAAGCACCUUGUUUUCUACAUUUUCACAUUAGAAUUCUCUUUUGGGUUCCCCUGAAGAUAGACUCGCACGUACUGUCGUUUUCUGAGAGGAAAAAAAACAAUGAAAACGACGAGUAGUUUCCAUCUAAAUAAUAAAUCCGGCACGAUACU